GCCGCCUGAAAGCUGCUCGUUAACCGCCUUUCAAAGCCUUUCACGCGCAGCUCAAAGCGUGCCUGACAAAGGAUUAGCAACCGUGCCGGAAUUUCGCCCUUCAGCCCGUUUUCAUCGGGGCCAGGCGCACAGACCCCGCCUUCCUUUAAUUUGUCAACAAAGGGGUUUGACAAGCUCGGAGAAGCCCUGCCCUCAUGUUCCCUUAAAAGGAUGAAUUGGCCAAACACGGCCAGCAAUCAAGCCGUGGCUCGCGCUUUCCGUUCCCCAUCCCGUUCGUAUGGUGCGUUGACUUCCUCCGUCGCCGUUAAAGCGGAGCUAUCAUGGCGGAGCCCGUACAGCAGCCCCCGGCCAAGCGGUUCUGCUGUAGACCGGGCUUCGGCGCGACAUGUAGACAAGCCCAGCGGGCCGCGGGGGUGCCGUACGGCGGCUCGGCUCUCACCCAGGGCGGAUCGAGUCGAACCCACAGCCCGGAGUCGCUCCUGGACAUCGCGGCGAGGAAAGUCGCGGAGAAGUGGCCGUUUCAGCGGGUAGAGGAGCGUUUCGAGCGGAUCCCGGAGCCCGUCCAGAGACGGAUCGUGUAUUGGUCUUUCCCGAGGAGCGAACGGGAAAUAUGCAUGUACUCGUCGUUCAACACCGGCGGGGAGGAGAUCGGAAGUAGCGGGGAGAGCAGCGAUGAGACGCGGCUGCCGUUCCGACGGGGCAUCGCUCUGCUGGAGAGCGGCUGCGUGGACAACGUCCUGCAAGUCGGUUUCCACCUCAGCGGAACUGUACGGGAACCGGCCACAUCUUCAGAACCGGAGCUGGUCUGCAACGUGUCCGUCAGCUUCGACCGCUGCAAGAUCACGUCGGUGACCUGCAGCUGCGGCAACAAGGACAUCUUCUACUGCUCCCACGUGGUGGCGCUCUCCCUGUACCGGGUACGGAAGCCCGAGCAGGUCAAACUGCGCCUGCCCAUCUCAGAGACUCUUUUCCAGAUGAACAGAGACCAGCUGCAGAAGUUCGUGCAGUACCUGAUCACCGUGCAUCACACUGAGGUGCUGCCCACGGCCCAGAAGCUGGCGGAUGAAAUCCUGCUGCAGAACUCGGAGAUCAACCAGGUCCACGGAGCUCCAGAUCCGACGGCAGGGGCGAGUGUGGACGACGAGAACUGCUGGCAUCUGGACGAGGAGCAAGUCCAGGAACAAGUCAAGCUCUUUCUCUCCCAGGGCGGGUACCAUGGCUCGGGAAAGCAGCUUAACUUACUGUUCAGCAAGGUGAGAGAGAUGCUGAAGAUGAGGGACUCCAACGGUGCUCGCAUGCUAACGCUAAUCACAGAGCAGUUCAUGGGUGACCCCAGACUGGCACUGUGGAGGCAACAGGGGACCACCAUGACGGACAAGUACCGGCAGCUGUGGGACGAGCUAGGCGCCCUGUGGAUGUGCAUCGUGCUGAACCCCCACUGUAAACCCGAGCAGAAGGGAUUCUGGCUUCGACUGCUUCGCAGGUGGAACUGUGUGGACGUCUGUCCCUUGGAGGACGGUAACCAUGGCAGCGAGCUGACCAAUCUGACCAACGCUCUGCCCCAGGGCCCUCCCGGCAACCCAGACUCCCUGACUCGUCCUCACCGAACCGUCUUCACCCGAGCCAUUGAGGCCUGCGACCUGCACUGGCAGGACCCCCACCUGCAGCACAUCAUCACAGAGGACCACUGCGCCAACUACUGUUACCAUGACAACCUGGACAGCUCUCUCUUUGAUGCCCAAGGGUGGCCCCUGUGGCACGAGCACGUCCCUACGGCGUGCGCCCGCGUAGACGCCCUGCGAUCACAUGGCUACCCAAAGGAGGCUCUCAGGCUGGCCAUCGCCAUCGUCAACACGCUGCAGAGGCAGCAGCAGAAACAGCUGGAGCUCUUCCACACACAUAAAAAAGAGCUGCUCCACAGAGGAGUAACAUCCAUCACCAACCUGGAGGGUUGGGUGGGCCACCCUCUGGACCCCAUCGGUACUCUGUUCAGCACCCUCAUGGAGACGUGGAGGAGCGGCGAGGAUGGAGCCACGCUCGACCUCUCAGGCUCACAGGGCUCAGGCAGGAGGGUGGACGGUCCUGUUGCCAUGGCGCAGCGUUUUCUAGAGGAAGGCAAGUCAUUGGUGUCAUUGGCUGUGGAGACGGCUCUGAUUGGUCUAGGGCAGCAGAGGGUGAUGCCAGACGGCCUCUAUGCCCAGGAGAAGGUGUGUCGCAACGAAGAGCAGCUACUGGCCAAACUUCAGGAAGUCAACCUGGACGACACGCUGGUGAAGGUCUUCAAGAAGCAAGCCGCUUACCUGCUAGAGGCUGGUCCUUACAGUGGUCUCGGGGAAUACUCUACAGGGGAAAGCGUCCCCAUGCACAUUGCCAAGUAUCUCUUCACCUCCUUGCUACCUCAUGACGCCGAGCUGGCGUACAGAAUUGCACUGAGGGCCAUGAGGUUGCCGGUCCUGGAGUCCACGGUCCCCUCCGGAGUGCUGUCCCGGCCUCACCACAUAGUGUCGGUGGUCCCCAACCGCUACCCUCGCUGGUUCACCCUGAGCCACAUCGAGAGCCAACAGUGUGAACUGGCCUCCACCAUGCUCACUGCUGCUAAAGGUACACGCAGGAAGCUCCAAACAGUGUUAGAGUCCAUCCAGAAUGAACAUCCAAUCGUCUCCCACAUCUUCAAACUGGCUCAGGAUGCCUUCAAAAUCGCACACGCUCAUGGUAGCCUGCCGGACAUCACGCUGCUCAAAGUUUCCCUGGAGCUGGGUCUGCAGGUGAUGAGGAUGACGCUGUCCACGCUGAACUGAGGAGGAGGGGAGAUGGUGCGCUCUGUCACCUGCGCCACUGAAGUUGGCGUGUUUGCGUUGGACAGCAUCAUGCAGAACUGGUUCACCCUCUUCACCCCGACAGAGGCCACCAGCGUGGUGGCGAGCACCGUCAUGUCCAACAGCACCAUCGUGCGCCUGCAUCUGGACUGCCAUCAGCAGGACAACCUGGCCAACUCUGCCCGCACCCUGGCCCUGCAGUGUGCCAUGAAGGACCCCCAGAACUGCGCCCUGUCGGCUCUGACGCUCUGCGAGAAGGACCACAUCGCCUUCGAGACGGCCUAUCAGAUCGUCCUGGACGCCGCCCUCCACCGGAUGAACUACACACAGCUGUUUACAAUAGCGCGCUACAUGGAGCACCGCGGUUAUCCCAUGAGGGCGUACAAACUAGCCACAUUAGCCAUGACGCACCUGAACCUCAGCUACAACCAGGACACGCACCCCGCCAUCAACGACGUGCUGUGGGCGUGCGCCCUCAGCCACUCAAUGGGGAAGAACGAGCUGGCGGCCGUCAUCCCCCUGGUGGUGAAGAGUGUGAAGUGCGCCACCGUCCUGUCGGACAUUCUGCGACGGUGCACGCUAACGACGCCAGGCAUGGUGGCGCUGCACAGUCGAAGGAACUCUGGGAAGCUGAUGUCUCUGGACAAAGCUCCACUCAGGCAGCUACUGGAUGCCACGAUCGGGGCCUACAUCAACACGACGCACUCGCGGCUGCGCACCAUCAGCCCGCGCCACUACAGCGAGUUUAUCGAGUUCCUCAGCAAAGCCAGAGAGACGUUUCUGAUGGCGCACGACGGACUCGUUCAGUUCACGCAGUUCAUAGACAACCUGAAACAGAUCUACAAGGGCAAGAAGAAGCUCAUGAUGCUCGUUCGAGAGCGGUUCGGCUGAAACUGGACCCAACCACCAAAUGAACCCUUUACUUUUUUUAUCCUCUCUGAAGUGAAACAACAUUCACAUGAAUCUUUUUCCUGUGAUUCAGGACCUAUGGGUCCAGCGUGAAGAACAGUUUCCUGGAGGCAAAGAAUCGAGAAGCAUUCUGGCCCAACGUGAUUGGAAAUUAAAUGUGUUGUAGAGUCAAUUUUCUCGUAAGAAGUGUCGAGUUUGAGCCUGGACAUGACAUCAGGGACCAGAUGCAUCAAACUGUGUGCAGAAGUUUGUUUUUAAGGCCGUUUUAUGCUCCCUUUACGUAUGUAAACAGAGUGUCGCUGCUCUCGUAUUUUCAUGGUUGUUCAGCAAAACAUCCACCAGAGGGCAGUGCAGAGUUCAGAGCAUGGAUGUCAAACUCCAGUCCUUGAGGGAUGAGGGAAGCAUCAAAAAGCUGCAGCGCAGCUUGGUUUGACAUCCCUGAUGUGGGGCAUAAACCGGCCUUUAGAAAACUGAAUUGCUGGUAUUCAAUCAUGAGACGUUUGCUGGCUGACGUACUUCCAUUAAAUCAAGUGGUGGUCAAACCAAAACAGCUAAUGUUGCGAUGGGUUAGCAGUUAGCAAGGGCUGCUGUCCUGCAGGUUUUGGAUCACAUUAAUAUGUCAACAUGUUUGGGCAGAACAACAGAGUCAUUUGAGUAGAAUCCGGUGUGUUGGUGCAGGGAAACGUCUAAAACCUGCAGGACUGUGGCCCUCGAGGGCGGAGCUGGACCCCUGGAUCAAAGCUUUAAAGGAGAAAUACCCAUCAGUUCAGUUCCAAAUAUCUGGAAGUGUCUGCUGCUUCAGACUAGCUUCUAUACAAAGAACAGUAAAACGCAAACAUUUUGUUAGUUUUGUACCCUCGUUUCCACGGUAACAGAGUUUUGGAUGGAUAAAAACACAGAUUUGAGAACCGAGUGAAAUUUUAUCCAAACAAAAGCAAAUAAACGUGAACUGAGAUCUUCUGGUGACGAUGACCUUCGUCACAUCAUCAUGGUCUUGCCAUUCAGACCCUGUUUACGCCCGCAAGCAGCACGACAACAAUGGCCGACCUCCGUCUUCUGUUUAUGCUGCAGAAUCUUGUUUAGUUAUUUGGUUUCUGAAAGAAGAACCUGCUUCUCCAGCAACAUUGAUGCCGUCGGCAAAGAUGCAGAGAUUACAUGCAGCAGAUAACCAGAGCGCCUCUGUACAGAUGGCUGCUACGUCUUCAGGCCUGAGGAUGUUGUUGAGCUUCACCGCCCUCUACAGGCCUGGCAUGCACACUGCAUCAUCCCCGGUCCUGUUUGUGUUUCUGUCUGCACAGAGGAUGUCUUUAUGCUGCUGUUGUGUAAAUGCAGUUUUUUUAGUCUGCAAAGGGAAAAAUUUUAGGUUUUACUUGGAAAUUGUUGCCUUUAACUAUUUUAUAGCUUCAUUGUUGCUACGUGUGUUUGGUGUAACAAACCACAACCAUUUGAAAAAAUAAUUUCACAAAUAAAAUAUGUUUACUUGUGAAAAUAUUUUACCUAAAACUUGAAUUAUUUUAAAAUAAAACUAAUUAAAUGAUAAGAAUACAAAUAAUUCAAUUUAAAACAAUUUAAAUUGUUUUAUUUUAAACUAAAGUCAAAUAUUUGAACAAUAUAAAAUGUUGUGUUGCGGGGCCAUUUCUGCCACAUCUCUGCUAAAUUCUUCGUCUUUUUUAAACCCUAUGUGAUGAUUUGUGGCUUCAGUGAACCCUCUGUUCAUGCAUCUGAUCCCUGAUUUGGGCAUGUAAAAAUCCAGGAAGGCCGAAGAAGAAGAAAACUGUUCCUGGGUGUUUGUGUGCUUCCUUUCACGUGUUUAAAAGCGAGAGUUUUACACUGAGUGUGUUCUGUAUUGUCCAGUGGCAAAAUGUCGUCCUUCCUUCAGCUCACAGUCUCAAAGUUCAGAAAAAAGGCUUUAAACCCAACAGAGCAGCUCCAGCUGACGUACCUCUUCCUUUGUAAGGACCCAGCUUUACUCUCCCCCUGCUGAAGAAAACCUCCGGAUCCAAGAUGAGAAUUUGUUCCACUGCCAUCUUCAGACUUCUCAGUUUAGUCUCACAUUCAUCAUGUCAACCUGAAGACAAACUCAUAGAAACGGUCAACAUACCUUCUCAGGGAUUUCUCUAAAAAGCCGACACAGAAAACGAGAACAAGAAGCAUUUUAUUGUCCUGUAAAUAUGAAAGUACGUCUGAUUAUUGAAAAAAUGUAUAUGUUAACUAAUUUAUGACAGAAUAUUCUACGUAAGGCACAAUACUUGAAGCUGCAGUACUUUUGGUUUUUGAAAGAAAAAAUAAAAAACAUAUCACGUGACUUUGAAACGUUCGCCAUCAGUGCAGGAAGCAGACAAGCGGCCGGCGGGCGGACAGGAAGUACGUUUCCGCCUGAAAACCAGGCUGCUGCAGCUCGGUUGACAUCACGCCUCCUCUUCCUCACGUCUCUACUUUAACUUUAUGUGUCCAGACUUCCUCACAGGAACGGCCUUCUUUCUUGCCUUGUCUUAAUGCUUUAAAAUAACCAAACUGAUCCGUGUUCCAGCCUCCCAGUGUCUGUCUGUCACUGGGCCGACUGGUUUUCUGUGCUUUAAAAGCUCAUCUCAUCUGUUUUUUGGUGUUGUCUGUUAGUAGCACCUUUGUUUAGGAACAAAUGAUGCUCCCUUUAUUUAUUAUGUAAGGUAAAUGAUUGUAUAACCAUGUCGACAUGAAGGUGAGACUAAGGUUUGAUACACUGAUUUAUUUAUGUAACUGAAUUACUGUUUUAUAAACUUGUUAAUGAAUCAACACUUUGUUUUGAUUAAAUUAGUUUUUUUG